AGUCAAGGACUGCUGGCUUGGGGAUCGUUGUGAGUUAUGGGAGGAGCUCUCUUUUCUUGUCAUCUCAAGUUAUUUUACUUUUUGCACUUCUCCGCAAUAUCUAUGUCUUGCUGUUAUUGUUGAUGUGGCUUGUGACAAGCUUAAAAAGAGAGAAGGACAAUGUCCAAGAUCUCGUUCACGAUCGCAUUGCCUCAUGAUGGACCGAAUGGGAAUCGAACACCACAAUUUUUUAUAUCGACGAGCAAUAACACAUAUCUGAGCUUUAAAGGGAUGGACUACAAGGGUGCGAGAUUUGGCAAUAGCAAUGCGACAAGUGGAUGGAAGAACAGAUUCGAGUACAGUGUUGUGGCUGCCAAGGGAAUUACGAAGUUUUCGAUACAAAUGAACACUUCUGUGAUACUACCACCUCUAUCAUGGGGCUUACCUGGACCCGCUCCAAAAGCGAAGAAGGAGGAGAAAGAGAAGCGGAAGUCCAAAUCCAACGGAUCAAGUCGAGGGACUUCUAGCUCAAAGUCGUCUUCGUCAAGGUCGUCGAGAAGUAGCUACGACAGUAGGGAAGGUCCGAGGCGUAGCGGAAAGCGACACGAACAACCUAGGUUGCGAGAUCACAGUCCUCCUAGACGACUCCGCGAUAUUGAAGAUCAAGCUUAUAGAAAGCAUGGUCAGAGAAGAAGAAGAGAAUCAACUCGAGAGCACAGUCCUGGUGUUGUUGAUCACCUCGACCCCUUCGACCCCGGAGAAUGAAAUCGUUGGCACGAUUCAACAGUGGCAAGUUAUGUGAAAUUCUGAUAUCACAA